AUGAAUAAUGGAAAAUGUAGUAAGAAAUACCCUCACAAAUCGGUCAAGGAUACUCAAACUGGAGAUGAUGGUUAUCCGACUUACCGACGGAGAUCACCAGAUGAUGGAGGUUAUACUGCAAUAUUAAAAGUUCGUGGUCAAACAGAAAUCGUGGAUGACAACCGAUCAGAUAGAGCUACUUUUUCUUCUGUUUAUCAUGAAAACGAUGAGAUUACAAAUUAUUUGAAUGGUCGAUACAUAUGUACUACUGAAGCGUUUUGGAGAAUUUUCAAUUUUGAAAUCCAUGAUAGAAAUCCGACAGUUCAGCACUUGGCUGUUCAUCUAGAAAAUGGACAGCGUGUUUUCUUUAACGCUAAUAAUCUUCAUCAAGUUAUUGAAAAUCCAAGAAAAACGACACUAACUGCAUUUUUUGAACUGUGUUCACAUGAUGAUUUUGCGAAAACACUGUUCUAUCAUGAAGUUUCUUCUUAUUAUACCUGGGAUGAUAGCAGAGGCUGGUUAAAGAGAAGACGGGAAAAAGAUGUUCCAGGUUGGCCAGGAAUAAAAAUGGACACUACCAUUGGUAGAAUUUACACGAUUCACCCAAAUCAAAGUGAGUGCUUCCAUUUAAGAUUGUUACUAAAUUAUGUACAAGGUCUUACUUCAUUUGAAAGCUUGAAGUCCUUUGAUGGAGUCAUUCAUGCGACUUUUAAAGCUAUCUGUUUUACUCUUGGGCUUUUAGAAAAUGACGAGCAAAGGAAAAAUGCUCUAGCGAAGGCAACUCUUUCAGAAAGUCCUUCAAAUUAA